UCAGUUGCGCGCGGAAGAGGAAAGUCAAGUGAACUGAAAAUAGCAUAUUGUUGUUGUAGCUUCAUGCUAAAGUCUCUGACUGGAUGUUCUCUUAUUAUAUAAUGCAGAAUUGGCUAAUGGCAUUGCGAAGGUGAAUAUUGAUUAAAUGAGGACGAGUCUGCAAUCAAAAUGCUUCACAUGAAAGUUAAGCUGGAGAAACCAGAUUCUGAGGGUGUUGUUGCCCGAAGUCGCCUUGAUGCGGUGCUGCAAGGUCUGGUGGAGAAAAGUGACAGCGAGAGAGAUCAGAAUGAGGAUGAUUCUGGGAAAAUGGUCGCAGAUUCCAUGAGCAAGGACCUAUCCCCCUCAUCUCUUGGGAAAAGGCCAUCUUCACGGUUUGCACAACACCGAAGAAAGAAGCGCAAAGAGAUGGAGGAUGGUUUAUCAGAGACCAACCAGCAUAAACAAAACUCGUACAUCAUCAAGCUGUUUGAUCGCAGUGUGGAUCUGGCACAGUUCAGCAGCAACACUCCACUCUAUCCCAUCUGCAGAUCGUGGAUGAGGAACAACCCCACUGUACGAGAGAGAGCGAUGUCUAGUCCACCCCACAGCAUGGCAGAGGAUGAGGUCUCAGACAUGCUGAAUGGAAAAGUUCAAAAUGUAUACCGUCUUCCACCUCCUGGUUCUUGUCCUGUUCAUGAGUCUGGUGAACCAGUCAACUUAAGGAUUCCACCUACAGAGAAACCCACCAUAAGCCAGUCUACAGACACUGCAUCAGGAGCCACACCUCUCAUCUUCAAUCACAUGAAACGCUGGAAGAAAAUUAGACAGAAGUGGAAAGAAGCUUCAAAUAAGAACCAGAUGCGCUACAGCGAGAGCAUUAAAAUCCUGAAAGAGAUGUACGAGCGCUAGCUCUUUUGCAUCAGGAGACAGUUAUGGAGUUCCCUGCAGCCUCACAGAAACGGAGGUUAUGUGGAGAGUUUCAGAUGGAUAAAGGGACUGAUAAUUGCAUAGUUGUCUGCAUGGGAUAUUUUAAUAUAUGUUAACAAUCAUAUAUUUGGGAAAGUAAUGAUGUUAGUAUGGCCUGCACUUUCAGUUCCCAUUUUUGUGACGCAGGUCAGAAGAGUGAGAUGAAUGCAUGUUUGUUUGUACAAUUUGGUAAUUACAGAUGAUCAUUUGGGAACAAAAUAAACGUUCGCCUUUUUCAUCUUUCA